AUGAAGAUGCAGUUCACCUCCAUCUCCUCGCCCCCACCUCCGCCGGCUCCACUCUCGCCAUCUGCCCUGACUUCGACUAGGGCAUCGCCAACAAGCAAGACCUCGGCAAUGGCAUCAAUCGCCGGGCCACUUACAACGACAGCUACGAGGCCGUGGACGGCCUCACGACCAACAAAAACCCCUACACGGAGGGGGCAUCUUCGGCCGCACGCCGGCGCCCACCAAGUUCAACUCGUACAAGGGUACCUUUACAGGCCUGAAGUACGCGUGUCGCACGGAUUCGCGCUCGAGCCAAUGCGAAAACGAUUUUGUUUCUGCUUGCCUAUGUUGUUGGGCAUGCAUAAGUGA